AUGAACAGCGUGUCGAAGAAGGAGGCGGCCAGUCCUCAGGAUUCCUCUUUAGUUGACCCUCAUGCCGAAGUACGCAAACUUCAAGAGCUUGUGAAGAAGCUCGAACUUCAGAACGAGCUUCUUAGGAGUAAACAGAAGCUCAACAAUGGAGAUGUGGACAGUAAGAUCAGCCACAAUGGAUCGGCGAGCAUUAAUAACCAUCAAAACCAGAAUAACAGCUGCAAUAAUAACAAUAAUAAUGUCCACCAGGUGUCGGACGACGAUGUUGAUAUAUUGGAUGUAAAUAGUCUUUCGUCUUCUAAGGAUGACGAAUAUUCAUGGUUGUACAGCUCCCCCAAACCCCCAACUGAACGACAAACUCAAGUCAGCCCUGACAUUUGGGUUCGAGAAGAGUUUGAUCAUCCUAAACCAGAAGUGCAGCUAGCCAGAAAAUCCUUAGUCCUCAAAUUAGAAGAAGUUGCAAGAUUAUCUAAAACAUCACCCACUUUAUCUGGGUCUUAUCCUUUGGGAAAUCAUGUGACCUCAAACAAACCUCGAUUGGGUAUUUCUGAACUGGGCAGUGGCAACGGUAGCAGUACAUCAUCACCAGUGCCAAGCAUCAAACAACCAUUAUUAUCUACAUUAGCCAUUCAUAGAUCAGCAUUUGUACAUAAAGGAACACGUGUAGAUACCAAUACAUUUACUCGACCAAAAAAGAAUAAAGAUCGUCUUCGACUGAUUCCUGCUGAGAGUUGUGCAUCCAAUAAAGAUGCAGAAUCACAAAGCCAAGCACUCAAUCGUAUUCCAGAUGUUUCAGACAUCCAGAACAUGGCUAAGCUACAAGAAGAAAGUUUACGGCAAAGUAUAUCACCUCUGUCAUCUCCAAGAAAAGCAUACCGGCCAAGGCAAAUUCCACAGCCAAGUUCAGCUGCUGUCAGUGACUCUGAACCCAGCACCACAGUGUCUCCUGUCGGUUCAAACCGAUCUAGUCCUGGACGUUAUGACGAAGGUCUUUCAUGCUCUCGACGGAACAGCCACAGUGUGACCUCCAACAGUUCUGAACCAAAUAGUCCACCUGACAGUCCGUUUGGCAGUCAAGGACAAAUAAACUGUGUCAAUAGCCAGGGACAUGAUGAUUUACGUCGAAGUCUACCAAAUGUUUCUAAAUUAGUGACCCCUUCACCUGCACUCCACUCAAGUGAUUCAAGCCUUGAUACUUGUAGUGAUGACAUGUUAUUUAUAGCUGGAGGAACUCCUGAGUCGGCUUCUCGACCCCCAUCUCGGCUGCAGCAACCAGGCCGUCCAAAUUCACCAUCAGUGAGCCACCUGAAACAGCCACUGAAUAUGAGAAGAGGUUCUUCUCCAAUUAGAAGCAACCUUCCACACCCAGCCACUGCCCCUCGCAGGUCAAUACCCAGGCCAGGAACAGUAUCUCCAAGAACAAGCUUACCCACUCCCAAAAGAUCUGGAAUCCCUUUCAAACCGUUGGAGCGUCCAUCUGCUCCAGCCCCUGCUCAGGCAGUAAGUGCAGAUGACAGCUGGAAAGAAGGUUGCUUUUGA